AUGGCGGCACUGCAGCAAGCCAACGUGCCUCGCUCUUGCGCCUCGUAUGGGGCGGAUGAGUACAGCGCUGCGGCCGCCGCUGCCGUCCGCGACUUAUUUGAUGCUCCGGACGCCUACGUCCUCCCGACCGUGUCGGGCAUCGCAUCGGACGCGCUCGCCAUCGCCAGCGCCGCCGGGCCGCUCGAUGCCGUCUUCUGCCACCGGCUGAGCCACAUCCGCCUCUGGCAGUGCGGCGCAGUCGCCUUCUACAGCGGCGGCGCGCCGCUGCAGCCGCUGGGUGGCGAGGACGGCAAGGUCUGCGCUUCCGAGCUCGCGCUGGCGCUGCAGUCGGCCGCGCCGCUCGCGGCUGCGCCCUACGCGCACCGCCCGUCGCUCCUCAGCCUGACGCAGCCUACCGAGGCGGGAACGCUCUACACCGGUGCCGAGCUCAAGGCGCUGUGCGCGCUCGCGCACGAUUACGGCCUGCUCGUCCACAUGGACGGCGCGCGGCUGCCCAACGCGCUCGUCGCCCUCGGCGCUUCCGCGAGCGACCUCACCUGGCGGGCGGGCGUCGACAUGGUCUCCUUCGGCACCACCAAGGGAGGCACCCUGGCGGCGGAGGCGGUCGUCGUCUUCGAGCCCGCCGCCUCGCUCGGCGGCGGCGCCGCCGACGCGCAGCUGGCGAAGCGGGCCGGGCACGAGCUCUCCAAGAGCCGCUUCCUGGCGGCGCAGAUCUGCGCCUACCUCGCAGACGGCGGAGGCGGCGUGCCCCUGUGGCGGAGCAGCGCGGAGCGGGCCAACGCGAGCGCCGCGGACCUGGCGCGCCGGCUCGAGGCGGCGGCCGCCGGCUACGACGGAGACAGCUUCCGCUGGCAGCACCCCGUGCAGACGAACCAGCUCUUCCUCUCGCUGCCUUGCACACCGCGGGGCGACGCGCUGGUCCGGGCUCUCGGCACGGUCGGCGGCACGCCCUGGGACAGCGAGGAGGAGGGCCGGCAGUGCGUACGGCUCGUGACGGCGUUCGACACGUCCGAGGAGGAGGUGGCGGCGGCGGUGGGCGCCCUCGAGGCGGCGCUGAGGGGGGAGUGA